AUUUUUAUUCUUUUCGUCUUUUUCCAUGUCACAAUGAAUUUUCAACUAUUCUUUAUGGUGAAAAAUUACUUCAAGAAUUUAUGGUUGAUGCAUGGGCUGUAACUGAACAAAAUAGAUUAAGAUUUUUAAGAAUGAAUCAAGAUACUUUAU